GCACCACAGCUCCUCUGGCUGGAGACCGGGCUGGUGUCUGUCUCUCUCUUUCUCUGUCUCAACCAUUUCCUCCCUUCACUCAGGACCCACGUCUCUUAUCGCUACCUUGCACAGCGGCCUUCCUUUGGGAGGUGCUGGAAAAGCCAGCGAGGGGAAUUUACCAGGAGUAUAAUGAUCAAAAGUCCAGCUUGCAGUCAUUUUACAUAACUGACAUUUUAUUUUUGUUCUUCCAAAACAAAUACGGUGGAGUACGGCUACUUCAGCUCAGGGUGUCCCCUUUGCUGUUUUGGUGAUAGAAGAUGAGGAGGCAUCGGCUGUUACCGCUGUGUGCCCUCCUGGGCGUCCUGUUUGCAGGACUCCUCCCUAACCUUGAUGCUCAGGAAGAUUGUGCGCAGGGGUUGGCAGCUGAUAUAUACUUUCUAGUGGAUUCAUCCUGGAGUAUUGGAGAGGAGAACUUUGAGCAUGUCAGGCAAUUUCUGUAUGGCUUGACACAAGCACUGCACCAGGGUGGAGGGGACAGGUUUAAAUUUGCCCUUGUGCAGUACAAUAACAAGCCCGAGACUGAGUUCCAGCUCAACACUUACCCAACAACACAGGGGGUCCUGGCGCACAUCAAGUCUAUGGCUUACCGUGGUGGGGGCACGCGGACUGGCUUGGGCCUGGACUUCCUUAUUCACAAGCACUUGACCACUGCUUCGGGCAGCCGUGCUGCUGAAGGAGUGGCCCAGGUGGUGGUGGUUCUAACAGACGGGCGCUCACAGGAUGACGUUUCCAUGCCGGCUCAGGUGUUGCAGCUGGCAGGUGUGGAGGUGUUUGCAGUUGGGGUUCAGGAUGCAGUGGAGUCUGAGCUCAGGGAGAUGGCUAGCCAGCCCGCAGACACUCAUGUGUUCAAUGUAAAAACUUUCCUGGCCUUGCGGGAUAUAAUCCAAGAAUUAGUAGUACAGGUUUGCAGCGCCGUGACCCGGUCAGGGGGUGGUCCUGUGGCAAACAAGACCCCCUUGGCUGGAGGAGAGACAGCGCAAGAUUCAGCUGACCUAGUUCUCUUAAUUGAUGGAUCACAGAACGUUGGAGCAGCAAACUUCCCCUUUGUGCGUGAUUUGGUUUUGAGAAUCAUUGAGCCCCUUGAUGUGGGCAGGGACACUGUUCGGGUGGCCUUGGCCGUGUACCACGCAGACCCAGAGAUAAAGUUCUAUCUAAAUAGCUAUGACAGCAAGUCAUCAGUCCUGGAAGCUGUGAAGGGUCUGGCCUACCCAGGGGGUGACGAAUCUAACCUGGGGGCGGCCUUGGAGGGAGCGGCUGCGAACCUGUUCAGCCAAUCAGCAGGGGGCAGGGCAGACGAGGGUGUGCCCCAGAUGUUGGUGGUUAUCAGUGCCGGUCCAUCCGAUGAUGAGACUGGUGCCGCUGACCGGGCCCUUAAGAGGGCCGGCAUUAUCACAUUCGGCGUGGUGAUUGGUGACACUGCCUCUGCAGAUCUGGAAGCGAUUGCUACAGAUAAAAGUUUUGUUCUGUCAGCCACUGAUUUCAGAACAGUGGCUAACACGGGUGACCAGCUGCUCCCAUACAUUAGCGGGGUGAUCCAGCGAACCAUUAUAAUUCAGACUGAGUUCACAGAAGUCUUGACCGUCGGAAAACGAGACAUCAUUUUCCUAAUCGACAGUACAAUCGGAUCACAGGGCAUCUCCAGUGUGCGCGAAUUCAUCAAGCGAUUCGUCAACUCCAUGCCAAUCGGCCCUGACGAAGUUCAAGUUGGUGUGGCCCAGUUCAGCAAUACCGCUCGACUGGAGAUGGAUCUCAACUCUCAUGGAACCAGGGAGGCAAUAAAUGCUGCUUUGGAUAUCAUGAAACCGAAAGCAGGUCAGACAAUCAACAUUGGAGAAGCCUUGGACUUUGUGAGGACGAAUAUGCUGCGACCUGAGAAGGGCAGUCGUAUUCAACAGGGGAUACCCCAGCUUGUACUGCUGUUGGCCAGUAAAAAGUCCAGUGACAGCGUGGAAGAGCCUGCUAACGCCCUGCGUCAAAUGGGAGUACUGACUCUAGCUGCAGGAUCCAAGGGUGCCAGUGAGCAAGAACUGAAGCAAAUUACCUUUGCUGAUAGUGCUGUGUACAUCCUGAAGGACUUGCGUGCACUGGGUCGGGCUGCAACUUCUCAGGCAAGGUCAAUUGUGAACACACUCUCAACACUUGCUGGAGUGGUGGUGACAGAAGUACCCACUGAACCAGUGGUGGAGAUAACCACAGUGCAGACUCAAAAAAUGAUCCGAGACAUUGUGUUCAUGGUGGAUGGCUCAAACUACAUUGGCAGCAGUAACUUUCCCUAUGUGAGAGACUUCAUCAUCAACGUGGUCAACCAGCUGGAUGUACGUCCCGACAGAAUUCGGAUUGGUCUCUUGCAGUUUGCUGAGCGUCCAAAAAUUGAAUUUUAUCUAAAUACCCACCGCAGCAGGCAAGGGAUUGUGGAUGCAGUCUCUGCACUCAGGCUCACCGGAGGCUCAGUUCUGAAUACAGCAGCUGCCAUGAAUUAUGCCCUUAACAACAUGUUCCAGCCAUCAACUGGGUCACGAAGGAGAGAGGGAGUCCAGCAGGUGUUGGUUCUGAUCACAGGUGGCCCAGCCCAGGAUGAGCUUAAAGCGACAGCCGAUAGAUUGGCUAUUGCUGGUAUUUUGACCUUCACAGUCAGUUCUGGGCAAGCAGAUGAUGCCCUAUUGGAAACAGUUGCCUUUGUUCCAAAUUUGGCUCACCAUGAGACAAGCUUCUCUAAUUUACCAGCUCUGGCUGAAGUAAUCAUGCCAAAGUUGAUAACGGUGGUUGGAGAUGUGACUGCAACAUUUCCUGAGCCUGAGGAAACUGUUGUUGUUUCUGGAACCGAGAGGGAUGUUGCCUUCCUCAUUGAUGGCACAGACAAUGUUCGAGCAGAUUUUCCCUACAUUCGGGAUUUUAUUAUUAAAGUAAUUGAACCACUUGACAUUGGCAUUGACAGGGUAAGAAUUUCAGUGGUUCAACACAGCGAGAGGCCAACCCCAAGUUUCUACCUUAACACUUAUCAGACCAAAGAUGAGGUGAUAAGAGCUGUCAAUGGAAUGCCACUGGCUGGUGGACGUAGUCUAAACACAGGAGCUGCUCUGAGAUUCAUGAAGGAAACCAUCUUCUCCGAAAGGCAUGGCAGCCGAGCGGCGCAGAAUGUACCUCAGUUUCUGAUCGUUUUGGCUGCAGACAGGUCCAGGGAUAAUGUGAAGGAACCUGCUGGUGUACUGAAGACAGAAGGUGUUGUACCAUUUGGUGUCGGUGUCAAGGAUGCAGACCCAAGGCAGAUUGCGGCCAUUUCACACAACCCUUCCUUUGCCUUCACUGUGAGGGAAUUCAGUGAGCUUAGCACCGUACCACAAAGACUCAAUACCUAUGUGAGCCUUCCAAAAGAAGAGCUGACCGUCGUUCUACAGCAAGUACAAAGCAAUGCUGUAAAAAGAGAUAUUGUGUUCCUGCUGGAUGGCUCUGAUAACACAAGAAAUGGAUUCCCAGAGAUUAAACGCUUUGUUAAGAGCAUAGUGGAGAGCCUCUUUGUCGGUGAAAACCGAGACAGGGUUUCUGUGGUUCAGUUUGCUGAUAACCCAGAGGUCAACUUUGAUUUGAAUUCUCUCAAGGCAAAGAAUGACAUUCUAAAUGCCAUAGAUAAUUUAAGACACAAGGGUGGAAGGAGCCUUAACAUUGGGAAAGCCCUACAGUUUGUGAGGCACAGUGUUUUCACUUCCUCAACCGGGAGUAGAAGACUAGAAGGAGUGCCCCAGAUUUUAAUCCUUCUAAGUACUAAACCCUCCACUGAUAAUGUGAGAAGUCCAGCGUUUGCUCUUAAAGAGCAUGACAUUGUGUCUGUGGGGGUUGGAGUGGAAAAUGCCAAACUUUCAGAGUUGGAAACAAUUGCCUUCAAACCUGGUUUCACAUACAAGGUUACUGAUUUCUCUGAGUUGCCCUCAAUCAAACCACAACUUGUUGCUACACUGAACAUAGACAAAGUCACUGAGGGAACCAGGACUGGAAUCUCAGAUUUAGUAGGGAACAACAAGAGGGACAUAGUGUUUCUCCUUGAUGGGUCAGAUGACUCCAGAAAUGGACUACCAGCUAUUCGAGAGUUCAUCAGAAGAACGGCAGAGGAGCUGGACAUUGAUGAAGACAAGGUUCGAGCAGCUGUCGUGCAGUAUAGCAAUGACACCAAAGUUUACUUCAACCUAAAAACUCACAAAUCCAAAAAGGCUAUCAUCUAUGCUGUCAGAAGCCUUCGUCAUAAAGGAGGAAGACCACGAAAUACCGGAGCUGCUCUACAGUUUGUGCGAGACCAUGUUUUCACAGCUUCAUCUGGAAGUAGACGACUGGAGGGAGUCCCUCAGAUUCUGAUUUUGCUGACUGGUGGCAAAUCCAACGAUGAGGUUUCAGGAGCUGCGUUAAACCUAAAACAAAUCGGUGUUCUGUCUUUCGCCAUUGGAAUGAAAAAUGCUAAACAGGACGAGCUUCAACAUAUUGCGUUUUCCCCCAAAUUUCUUUUCAACCUUCCUGUCUUUGGUGAACUUCUGUCCAUCCAGCCAGAGGUAGCUGCAUUUGUCAAGGCGGAUAUACAAACUGAGCCUCCCACUGUUGUAGCUGAAUUAGAGUCACCACAAAGAGACAUAGUGUUUCUGUUGGAUGGGUCAGAUGACACACGGAGUGCCUUCGCAGCAAUGAAAAGUUUUGUCCAAAGAGUUGUAGACACACUCAGUGUUGGUGAGAACAAAGACCGUGUUUCUGUGGUCCAGUAUAGCAGAGAUCCAGAGACACAUUUCAGUUUGAACACCUACACAGAAAAACAAGAUGUCCUUUCUGCUAUCGAGAACCUGAAUCAUAAAGGUGGCACACUGCUCAACACUGGGGCAGCUCUCGACUAUGUGAGAGUUAAUGCUUUUGCCGAUUCUUCUGGGAGUCGACAUCAAGAAGGUGUACCUCAAAUACUGAUUCUGUUGAGUGGGGGAAGAUCCCAUGAUGAUGUUGCACGUGCAGCUGCAGCUCUCAAACAGGACAAAGUUGUUCCAUUCUGUGUAGGAACAAGAAAUGCAGACAUACUCGAGCACCAAAUGAUUGCACAUAACCCUUCCUAUGCUUUCAUUGUGCCUCGGUUUGAUGAUAAUGGGAGCAUCUACCAGCAACUUGUUUCAUUUGUGAAAAGGGUGCCUCGACAACAGCCAAGACUAAAACCAACAAAUGGUCUGGUUUCUGCAGAUCAAACUGAAUCCAUUCAGCGCGAUAUUGUAUUUUUAUUGGAUUCCACGGAUGAAAUGCAAAAUGACUUUAAAGCAAUGCUUGACUUUGUUGAGAGAAUGGUGGAGAAACUCACUGUGGAUGAGAACAAAGAUCAUGUUUCAGUGGUGCAGUACAGCAGAGAGCCCUCUGUUGAUUUUUUUCUGAACACACAUAAAACACAGCAGAAUGUUGCUGGCAAUGUGCAAAUUCUGAGGCAUAAAGGAGGCAGACCCCGCAAUACUGGUGCAGCCCUCCAGUACAUCAUGGAUAAUGUUUUUACAGCCUCUUCUGGAGGUAGGCACCAACAGGGUGUCCCUCAGAUUUUGGUUCUCUUCACUGGUGGACGGUCCAGUGAUGAUGUCAGAAGAGCUGUAGAAAGCUUAAAAAGAUUUGGUGUGACAAUAUUUGUGGUGGGAACAAAGAAUGCAGAAACCCUUGAGAUUCAGUCUAUCUCACAAGAAGCCAGUCAUGCUUUCUUUGCAGCAGAUACCAGUGAUCUCUCAGACAUUGAACAACAAAUCCUCUCCACCAUCAAAAAGGGUAAAACCCCUGUUAUCAAGCCAAGCUUACAUGAUCCCAAAAGAAGAGAUGUUGUUUUUUUGCUUGAUGGUUCUGAUGAUUCUCAGCAAAGAUUCCCAGAUAUUAAAGACUUUGUACUGAGAAUGGUUGCGGACCUAAACAUUGAUGCAAACAAAGAUCAUGUGGCUGUGGUCCAGUACAGCAACACGGCGGAGAUUCAUUUUAAUUUGAGACGUUACUCAACAAAGGAUGAUGUUCUUGAGGCAGUAAGAGGCCUAAGUCACAAAGGAGGUUAUCCUCACAACAUUGGAGCAGCUCUCCAGUAUGUGAGGGACCAUGUAUUUACUUCUGACUCAGGAAGUAGACUCCUUGAGGGAGUUCCACAGAUGCUCAUAAUACUGAGUGGUGGAAGAUCCGGAGAUGACAUAAGAACCCCGGUCAGAAUGCUGAAAGAGAUUGGUGUCAUUUCAAUUGCCAUUGGAACAACUGGUGCUGACACCCUAGAGCUGCAGACAAUAUCUUAUAACCCCAGUUAUGCUCUCUCAAUUACUGGCUAUGAGGAGCUUCCUAGUGCUAAGCAGGAUGUGUUUUCCUUGUUGAGAGAGGCUUCUCACCCUGUAGAGCAAACAACUCCCACAACAGAUUUAGAUUCUAAGAAACAAGAUGUAGUAUUUCUUAUUGAUGGAUCGUAUGACUCACGAAAUGGCUUUGAGGAGAUACGAGGCUUUAUUGAAAGAAUUGUUGAAAGUUUAAAUAUAGACGAGAACAGAGACCAAGUGGCUGUUGUUCAAUACAGUCGCGAUGCCACAGUCAAUUUCUACUUGAAUUCCUAUUCAUCCAAGAAUGAUGUGCUAAAUUCCAUUGGAACAAUGAGACAUAAGCUGGGAAGACCCCUCAACACUGGCAAAGCACUUGAGUUUGCCAGAGACAAUGUCUUUGCUGGAUCAGUUGGAGGAAGACGUGCGGAAUCAGUCCCCCAGUAUCUGUAUGUAUUUAGCGGUGGGAGGUCAGCAGAUGAUGUCCGAGGACCAGCACAGUCACUCAGAGAGAAUGGAAUUAAGACUUUUAGCAUUGGAACAAAGAAUGCUGAUACGUUGGAAAUGCAAACCAUCUCUUUCACGCCAGCACAUUAUUUUCAUGUGACAAAUUUUAACAACCUGCAAAGCAUGCAUCCAUCUGUGGAAGCCACACUGAGGGGUGCUCAAGAAACAACUGAAUUUCCAACUGUUAUUGACCCUUCUACAAUCUCAGAACUCCAGAGUGCAGACAUUGUUUUUCUCCUUGAUGGAUCUGAUGAUAUGAGAGCAAGUGAACGACAGAUUUUGGAUUUUGUCAGAGACUUUGUCAAGCAAACAGAAAUUGGGCCAAGCAAAGUACAAGUUGCUUUGACUCAGUACAGCACAGAGCCCACUGUUGAUUUUUUCCUAAACACGUACUCACUGAAAGACGAGGUGUUGAGUCAUUUGGGCAAUGUGAAACUGAAAGGAGGAUUAACUUUGAACACUGGCGUGGCCCUUGAUUAUGUUAAGAACAAUGUCUUCACUGCCUCAUCUGGAAGCAGAGCCCAGCAGGGAAUCCCACAGAUACUGAUUCUUUUAAUUGGGACAAAGUCUGAAGAUGAUGUCUUAGGUGCAGUGGACAGACUGAGAAAUGCUGGCAUUGUCCUGUACACUGUUGGAGUGAAUAAUGCAGAUAGACUGGAGAUGGAGCAAUUAGCACACACUCCAACUGCAAAGUAUUUGAUCAAAGAAACUUCUGACUUCCCUCUUGUGAGAGAACAGUUACUCUCAGUCAUUGCAUCUCACAAAGGCACUGUCACUUCUGGUGUAGGUUCAAGCUCCAGAGUGAAUAGAGAUAUUGUCUUUCUCAUUGAUGGAUCUGAUGAUGUGAGGAGCAGAUUCUCUGCUAUACGUGAAUUUGUUGCUAAAUUGGUUGACAGUUUUGACCUGGAUCAAGGAAAAGAUAAAGUUGCUGUCGUACAGUAUAGCAACAAUGUUGAACUCAGUUUCAACCUGAAUGCUUACAACACAAAAGAUGAUGUUCUUAAGCAUGUUGCAGGCCUGAAAUCAAAAGGUGGAAGGCCUCACUAUAUUGGAGCAGCACUGCAGUUUGUGAGGGAUAACGUCUUUAUUUCAAAUGCUGGAGGUCGACAUCAUGAAGGUGCCAAACAGAUACUUGUCAUGUUGGCUGGUGGACGAUCGAGAGAUUCUCCUCGAGGCCCAGCAAGUAUGCUCAAGGCUGCAGGGGUGGUCACUUUUGCAAUUGGAUCAAGAAUGUCAAAUCCAUCUGAGAUGCAAGUCAUUUCAUCAGACCAAAAUUAUGCUUUCUCAGUCCCUGACUUUGUAAAUCUCCCUCGUAUUCAACAAAGCUUGAUGAGUCAUCUUACUCAAAUGGGAGUUGAAGGGGAAUCUAAAGAAGAGCAAAGUGAUCAAAAGGGAAGGGACAUAGUUUUUCUUCUGGAUGGCUCUGAUAAUACAAGAAAUGGAUUUUCAGCCAUUCAAGAUUUCCUAUACAAAGUAAUAGAAAGCCUUAACAUUGGACCAAAUAAAGACAGAGCUGCAGUGAUUCAGUUCAGCAAUGUGGCGGUAGCCAAUUUUUUUUUGAAUUCAUUCAUGAGGAAGGAAGAUAUCCUUACAGCUGUCAAAAGGCUCUCACACAAAGGUGGAAGACUUCUCAAAAUGGGUGCAGCUCUAAAAUAUGUGAAAGAAAAUGUAUUCACAGCUGCCUCUGGGAGCAGACACAGUGUGAAUGUGCCACAGAUCCUUGUCGUUUUAAGUAAUGGACCAUCAAGUGACAGUGUCGAUUUGCCUGUUGCUUCUCUAAAAGGAAGCAAUGUCACAAUAUUAACCAUUGGAACAACAAACUCUGACCACAAGGAAAUGAUGAAAAUAUCGCAUGAUUCAAGUUACACCAUAUCGCUUUCUGAAAUGGCUGAACUUCCAAAUAUACUAGACCAAGUGGUUGCUGCAAUUACAGAAGAAAAAUUAAAAAAUGAAAGUUCAAGAACAGGAGUGACUGUUGACACUGGCAAAAAGGAUGUUGUGUUCCUUCUGGAUGGUUCUGAUGUGACAAGAAAUGGCUUCCCUGCCAUGCGCGAUUUUGUUGAGAAAGUUGUGGAAAAACUGAAUGUGGGACCAAACAAUGACCGUGUCUCUGUGGUCCAGUACAGCAGAGAUGCGGAGGUCAAUUUCUAUCUGAACACUUACAGCACAAGAGAGGAUAUUGUGAAUUCGCUCAGAGGGCUGAAACACAGAGGAGGCAGACCCCUCAACACAGGUGCAGCCCUCCAGUACGUCAGGGACAAUGUCAUUACAACCUCCUCCGGGAGUAGACGCCAGCAAGGUGUGCCGCAGAUGUUGAUCCUGCUAAAUGGAGGAAGGUCUUUUGACGAUGUAGAUACCCCAGCCGCUGCUCUCAAACAGCAGGGCAUCUUUGUGAUUGGCAUUGGAACAAGCGGCUCUGACAGAAGUGAGCUGCAGAAGAUAUCAUACGAGCCUAGUUAUGCUCUAUCAGUGUCUGAGUUCGCUGACCUCCCCGGUGUCCAAGAACAACUCUCCUCUGUAAUGAGCAAGGUGCAAGUGAGGGCCACACCCGAGGCACCAACAGUAACUGUGGCGAGACGGCCAGCAGGAAAGGAUGUUGUGUUCUUGUUGGAUGGAUCUGAUGGUACUAGAAGUGGAUUCCCAGCAAUGCGAGACUUUGUCCAAAGAGUAGUAGACACACUCAGUGUGGAUGACAACAAAGACCGUGUCUCAGUGGUUCAGUACAGCCGAGAUCCAACUGUCCAGUUCUAUCUGAACACGUACACAACAAAAGGCGAGAUCCUUGACACUGUCAGAGGUUUGAGGCACAAAGGCGGAAGACCCCUCAACACUGGAGAAGCUCUCCAGUACUUGAGGGAUAAUGUCUUCACGGCCUCUGCCGGAAGCAGGCGCCUGGAAGGAGUUCCACAGGUCCUGAUAUUGCUGAGUGGUGGAAGGUCUUUUGACAGUGUUGAUGCACCAGCCUCUGCUCUCAAACAGCUGGGUGUCUUGAUCUUUGCAAUUGGAAGCAGGAACUCCGAUGGCGGGGAACUGCAGAAGAUAUCCCACGAUCCCAGUUCUGCUUUAUCUGUAUCUGAAUUCACUGACCUUCCCAGAGUCCAACAGCAACUUCAGGCCUCCGUGGAGGCUGUGGUUAUUGACGUCACCCCAGAAUCACCAACUGUACCUGUUGACACUGGCAAAAAGGAUGUUGUGUUCCUUCUGGAUGGUUCUGAUGUGACAAGAAAUGGCUUCCCUGCCAUGCGCGAUUUUGUUGAGAAAGUUGUGGAAAAACUGAAUGUGGGACCAAACAAUGACCGUGUCUCUGUGGUCCAGUACAGCAGAGAUGCGGAGGUCAAUUUCUAUCUGAACACUUACAGCACAAGAGAGGAUAUUGUGAAUUCGCUCAGAGGGCUGAAACACAGAGGAGGCAGACCCCUCAACACAGGUGCAGCCCUCCAGUACGUCAGGGACAAUGUCAUUACAACCUCCUCCGGGAGUAGACGCCAGCAAGGUGUGCCGCAGAUGUUGAUCCUGCUAAAUGGAGGAAGGUCUUUUGACGAUGUAGAUACCCCAGCCGCUGCUCUCAAACAGCAGGGCAUCUUUGUGAUUGGCAUUGGAACAAGCGGCUCUGACAGAAGUGAGCUGCAGAAGAUAUCAUACGAGCCUAGUUAUGCUCUAUCAGUGUCUGAGUUCGCUGACCUCCCCGGUGUCCAAGAACAACUCUCCUCUGUAAUGAGCAAGGUGCAAGUGAGGGCCACACCCGAGGCACCAACAGUAACUGUGGCGAGACGGCCAGCAGGAAAGGAUGUUGUGUUCUUGUUGGAUGGAUCUGAUGGUACUAGAAGUGGAUUCCCAGCAAUGCGAGACUUUGUCCAAAGAGUAGUAGACACACUCAGUGUGGAUGACAACAAAGACCGUGUCUCAGUGGUUCAGUACAGCCGAGAUCCAACUGUCCAGUUCUAUCUGAACACGUACACAACAAAAGGCGAGAUCCUUGACACUGUCAGAGGUUUGAGGCACAAAGGCGGAAGACCCCUCAACACUGGAGAAGCUCUCCAGUACUUGAGGGAUAAUGUCUUCACGGCCUCUGCCGGAAGCAGGCGCCUGGAAGGAGUUCCACAGGUCCUGAUAUUGCUGAGUGGUGGAAGGUCUUUUGACAGUGUUGAUGCACCAGCCUCUGCUCUCAAACAGCUGGGUGUCUUGAUCUUUGCAAUUGGAAGCAGGAACUCCGAUAGCGGGGAACUGCAGAAGAUAUCCCACGAUCCCAGUUCUGCUUUAUCUGUAUCUGAAUUCACUGACCUUCCCAGAGUCCAACAGCAACUUCAGACCUCCGUGGAGGCUGUGGUUAUUGACGUCACCCCAGAAUCACCAACUGUACCUGUUGACACUGGCAAAAAGGAUGUUGUGUUCCUUCUGGAUGGUUCUGAUGUGACAAGAAAUGGCUUCCCUGCCAUGCGCGAUUUUGUUGAGAAAGUUGUGGAAAAACUGAAUGUGGGACCAAACAAUGACCGUGUCUCUGUGGUCCAGUACAGCAGAGAUGCGGAGGUCAAUUUCUAUCUGAACACUUACAGCACAAGAGAGGAUAUUGUGAAUUCGCUCAGAGGGCUGAAACACAGAGGAGGCAGACCCCUCAACACAGGUGCAGCCCUCCAGUACGUCAGGGACAAUGUCAUUACAACCUCCUCCGGGAGUAGACGCCAGCAAGGUGUGCCGCAGAUGUUGAUCCUGCUAAAUGGAGGAAGGUCUUUUGACGAUGUAGAUACCCCAGCCGCUGCUCUCAAACAGCAGGGCAUCUUUGUGAUUGGCAUUGGAACAAGCGGCUCUGACAGAAGUGAGCUGCAGAAGAUAUCAUACGAGCCUAGUUAUGCUCUAUCAGUGUCUCAGUUCGCUGACCUCCCCGGUGUCCAAGAACAACUCUCCUCUGUAAUGAGCAAGGUGCAAGUGAGGGCCACACCCGAGGCACCAACAGUAACUGUGGCGAGACGGCCAGCAGGAAAGGAUGUUGUGUUCUUGUUGGAUGGAUCUGAUGGUACUAGAAGUGGAUUCCCAGCAAUGCGAGACUUUGUCCAAAGAGUAGUAGACACACUCAGUGUGGAUGACAACAAAGACCGUGUCUCAGUGGUUCAGUACAGCCGAGAUCCAACUGUCCAGUUCUAUCUGAACACGUACACAACAAAAGGCGAGAUCCUUGACACUGUCAGAGGUUUGAGGCACAAAGGCGGAAGACCCCUCAACACUGGAGCAGCCCUCCAUUUCUUGAAGAAUAAUGUCUUCACGGCCUCUGCCGGAAGCAGGCGCCUGGAAGGAGUUCCACAGAUCCUAAUAAUGCUAAUUGGCGACAGGUCUUUUGACAGUGUUGAUGCACCAGCCUCUGCUCUCAAAGAUAUCGGUGUUGUUAUGUUUGCAAUUGGACGCCGGACGUCUAAUAGCAGAGAACUGCAGAAGAUAUCCCACGAUCCUAGUUAUGCAUUGUCUGUAUCUGAAUUCACUGACCUUCCCAGAGUCCAACAGCAACUUCAGUCCUCUGUGGAGGCUGUGGUUUUUAAUGGCACCCCAGAAUCACCAACUGUACCUGCUGAGUCACAGGGCCCCCGGAAGGAUAUCGUUUUCCUUGUUGAUGGAUCUGAUGGUGUUGGACGGGAAUUUCCUAUCAUCAAGGAGUUUAUCCGGAGGAUUGUGGAAAGUCUCAGUGUGGGCGAGAAUAAGAUCCGGAUCGGUGUGGUCCAGUAUGGUGACUAUGCGCAGGCUGACAUGUUUCUUAACACACAUACAACCAAAGAAGGUGUUUUGAAUGCGGUGAGGGGAAUGAGGCAGCGAGGAGGAAGACGACGUAACCUGGGUCAGGCUUUGCAGUUUGUCAGUGACGACAUUCUGACAGCGGCACGCGGUAGCAGGAAGCAAGAGGGUGUACCACAGUUUGUUAUUGUUGUCUCCAGUGGACCUUCAUCAGAUGACAUCAGCCGUGCAGCCUCUUCUCUCAAACAAUCUAGAGUUCUUCCCUUCAGCAUUGGGACCAGGGAAGUUAAACUUACAGACCUCCAGACGGUAUCAUACGUGCCUAAAUUUGCCUUCACUGUAGACGACCUCCCUGGCCUGUACACAGUGCAAGAAAACUUAAUCACCACCCUCACCGAAUUGUCAGAUGAGGAUAUUGCCAGAAUGCGUCCAGUAUUCCCAACAUAUGACGUAAUCACACCAGCAGAAGGAGAAAGGAGGGAUGUCGUCUUUCUUAUUGAUGGCACAACAGCAGUGCGUAGUGAGUUCCCUUCCAUCCGUGAAAUGAUAAGAAGAGUUGUGGACAAGCUGGAUGUAGGAUUGAAUAAGGUCAGAAUUUCAGUGGUGCAGUACAGUGAUGACCCCAGGACAGAAUUUCUUCUGAAUGAAUUCUCCACCAAAGAUGAGGUACGCCAGGCUGUGAUGAAACUUCAAAGCAAAGGUGGGAACCGCCUAAACACAGGUCGUGCUCUUGAGCAUGUUUCCAGAAACAUCUACCAGAGGACCUCAGGAAGCCGCAUCGAGGAAGGUGUGCCUCAGUUCCUUAUUCUAGUUACAGGUGGCAAGUCUACAGAUGAUGUAUCUACUGCUGCUGAGCAGCUUAAGAGAAGCCGGGUUGCACCACUUGCUGUUGGUUCAAGGAAUGCAGACCCCAGUGAACUGAGACAGAUUUCUCUGAAGCCUGAACUUGUAUAUACAGUUGACAGUUUCCAGCAGCUUCCAAGAGUGGAGACACAGCUCAUUGACUCAGUCAAAACAAUAUCUCUCGAUGAUAUCAACAGUUACGUUCCUCCCUCAGUGGACUUGGGCAACCUAGAUUUUGGGAAAAAGGACAUAAUCUUCCUGAUUGACAGCUCAGACAGUACAGGUGCACUUGGCAUCGCUCAUAUCCGUGACUUCAUCCUCAGCAUUGUCCAACAACUCAACAUACAACCUGAUCAAGUGCGUGUGGCUGUUGUCCAGUAUGCAGACAGAGUUAAAACAGAGUUCUCACUCAACUCACACAACAACAAGCCAGCUGUCAUAUCUGCUAUCAGAAGACUUCGUCAGAUGGGUGGCCGGUCAUCAGAUCUGGCUGAUGCCAUUAAGUAUGUUAUAGAGAACGAGUUAAGACCCUCGUCUGGUGUUCGUCUGGAUGAGGCCUCCCAGCACCUCGUGGUCCUCACAGGUGAACGGUCCCCCCAAGAUGUUGCUGAUUAUGGACGUCAACUUAAGGAUUCCAAGGUCAACUGUAUUGGUGUUGGAGCUGGUGGUGCUAACACAAGGCAGCUAAUCCAAAUUGCCACCACCCCAGAUGAUGUUCUACAGGUUCCUACAUUCCCUGGACUGCCAGCUAUCCAGGACAGGUUUAUUGCCAGGUUGAGUGGAAGCACCCCAGGAGUACAAGUUCCAGACUAUGAAGAGCCUACACCAGGCCUGCCUGCACCCAAAAAAGCUGAUAUAGUGUUUUUAGUAGAUGGCUCCAUUAACUUUGGCAGGAGCAAUUUCAAUGAAGUGAUGAUGUUUAUUGCCAACCUAGUUGAUCUGUUCUUCACUGAAAGAGACAACCUGCGGUUUGGCCUGGCUCAUUAUGCCACAGAUGUAACUGACUCUUUCUACCUCAACACAUACAAGAACAAACAAGAGAUUGUAGAUGCCAUCAGCCGAAUCGAGUACAAAGGUGGAAACAGAAUCAACACUGGUGCAGCCAUUCGGCACAUUCAAAAUGUUCACUUCACCAAAGAAAAGGGCAGUAGGAUAGACGAGGGCACUCCUCAGAUCCUAAUGAUUGUCACUGGAGGAAACUCAGCUGAUGACGGCAAGACAGCAGCCCUUGGACUGAAGAAAAGGGGUGUGAGAAUCUUUGCUGUAGGAGUAGGCGACACCGAGAAUGAGUUACAAAACCUAGCAAGCGAAUCCACUACUGUGGCUCGAGCAAGCACCAUUCCAGGACUUUCAGAACUCAAUGAACAAAUCCUGGAGACUCUGGAUGAUGAAGUCAAGGGAAAGCUGUGUAUUGGUACGACAGACACUCCUAAAGCCUGCAACAUAGAGGUGUUGGUGGGCUUUGAUGUUUCUGCCCAGAACAUCUUCAGUGCUCAGACCAACCUCCAGAGCAAGAUGAGCGGCAUUCUGCAGAGAAUUUCAAAAAUGGCAGCUAUCAGUUGCUCAUCUGGGCAGAUUCCCUCUGUGCAAGUGGGCAUGCUGGCCAUGGACUCUGCCUCUGAGCCUGUACAACUGGACUUCACAGACAAUGCUUUUGAGCUUUUUGAGACAUUCAGAGCUUUGCGGAGUCGUGGCCCCUUUGUCCUCAAUGGCAAGACCAUCUCAGCCUACACAAGUAGAUUCAAAACCAGACAGGACAAUGUUGUCAAGGUUGUCAUUCAUCUGACUGAUGGUCUCGAUGCUCCAUAUCUUGAAAUGCAAAAGCAAGUUGAUGAACUUCGGCAGUCAGGAGUUAACAGUUUCAUCCUGGUUGGGCUGGAACGGGUGCCCAGUUUUGAGGAGGCAUUGCAGCUGGAAUUUGGUCGUGGGUACAGGUACACCAGACCCUUAAGAGUGAAUAUCAUGGACUUGGACUAUGAGCUUAUGGAGGAACUGGACAAUAUUGCAGAGAGGGAGUGCUGUGCAGUGCCUUGCAAAUGUAUUGGCACCAGAGGAGACCGAGGAGCUGUUGGACUUCCAGGGCCUAAGGGUGGUCCAGGAUUACAAGGAAGCCAAGGACAUCCCGGAGAUGAGGGUGGACCUGGAGAGAGAGGUCUUCCUGGUGUGAAUGGAACUCAGGGUUUCCAGGGAUGUCCUGGACAGAGAGGUGUCAAGGGUGCCCGUGGAUAUUCAGGAGAAAAGGGUGAAUCUGGAGAGAUUGGGCUUGAUGGAAUCAAUGGAGAAGAGGGCAAAAGUGGAGUGGCUGGACCCCCAGGAGACAGAGGAAAUCCUGGCAGAAGAGGUCCCAAAGGUAUCAAGGGACAAGCAGGAGACAGAGGAGAAAUGGGAAUCAGAGGAGACCCAGGCACAAGUGGACAAGAUAAUAACAAUGCAGGACCUAAAGGAGAUCCUGGUGAUGCCGGACCAGCGGGAGAGCCUGGUGAAGAUGGAACGAAGGGGGCCCCUGGUGAACUCGGAAGAAAGGGAGCUGAUGGCAGAAGAGGUGCACCUGGACCAGCUGGAAAUAACGGAAGGCCAGGAGCUGAUGGGGUUCCAGGAGAGUCUGGUAUUGGAGGGUCAAGAGGUCCACCUGGACCAAAUGGUGCACCAGGACCCAGAGGAGAAGAUGGGAACCCUGGACCCAGAGGUCCCGGAGGUAGUCCAGGUUCAGCUGGAGAAAAAGGCAGAAGAGGACCUCUUGGUCGCAAGGGAGAGCCAGGAGAGCCAGGACCUAAGGGUGUUGAAGGACCUCGUGGUCCCCGCGGAGAGCCUGGUGAAGAUGGAAGAGACGGGACUGGCAUCCCAGGGCCUGCAGGAAGGAAGGGUGAUGAGGGCUUCCCUGGAUUCCCAGGACCUAAGGGAGCUGCUGGUGAACCAGGCUCUAAGGGUGGACCUGGACCCAGAGGGAAUCGUGGACAGAGGGGUGUCUCUGGGAAUAUCGGCUCACCAGGACAGAAGGGAGAGGUUGGAUAUCCUGGGUCAUAUGGUCAGAAAGGACCGAGAGGACCUGGUGCUGUGCAAUGUGACCUGGUCACGAAAAUCAGGGACAACUGCCCUUGCUGUUUUGGUAAGCAGGAAUGCCCACUCUACCCCACUGAGCUGGCCUUCGCCCUGGAUGUCUCUCAGGGCACUAGCCGCCAAAACUUCAACAACAUGCGUGACACAGUCCUGCGCCUGGUCAGAGACAUCACCAUUGCUGAGAGCAACUGUCCAAGAGGAGCUCGUGUUGCUCUGACCCUGUACAAUGAUGAAGUAACCACCGAGGUCCGGUUCGCUGAUUCAAUGAAGAAACGUGCCCUGCUGCAGCACAUCGAGGGUCUGCAGACCCUGCAGACCAGGAAGGAGCGCAAGUUGGACGUCGCCAUGAGCUUUGUGGCCCAGAACACCUUCAAGAGGGUCCGCAGUGGUUUCCUCAUGAGGAAGGUGGCCAUAUUCUUCGUCAGUGGAGCAGGCGGUCAAGCACAAACACUUACUAAUGCAGCUCUUCGCCUCCAUGACGCUGGAAUCGCCACACUGUUUUUGGUCAACCGUGAGGAUAGAGCACUCAGCAGAGCACUGCAGGUUAACAACACAGCACUGGGACAGGUAAUUGUUCUUCCCAGCCCUGGAAGUGCGCAGUACAAUUCAGUCAUCCAAAAGGUCAUGAACUGCCAUGUCUGCCUGGACACCUGUUCUCCAGACCAAAUGUGCGACUAUGUGCCACCAGUGGGCAGCCGAGACAGGAGGUCUUUCACCACAGACGUGGACAUCGACAUGGCUUUCGUCAUGGACAGCUCGGAGUCCACCUUCCCAACAGUCUUCACAGAGAUUAAACGCUACAUAGCACACAUAGUGGAGCAGCUACAAGUGUCUUCCAACCCCACAGUAUCCGCUCACCAUGCCAGAGUGUCUGUGAUCCAGCAAGCACCUUACAAGUUCGUCCAAAACAAAACUGGCUCUCCCAUCCAUGUGGAUAUUGGUUUGACCGAGCAUCACUCAGCUCAGGAUAUUGUCAAAUUUCUAUUGGAGAAGACGCCGCAGUUAGAGGGCGGCCGGGCACUGGCAGCAGCUAUUGAAUCCACUGUGGAGCAAGUGUUUGAGAAGGCGCCUCUGCAACGUGAGAGGAAGGUUCUGAUGCUCUUCGUGACAGGAAGCGUGGAGGAAGAGGCAGAGCAGCUCAUCCGCAUUGCCACUGAAGUCAAGUGCAGAGGCUACUUCCUUGUCAUCCUGGGUGUGGGUGAAACGUUGAGCGCUGGAGAUGCUCGUGUCUUGUCACGCAUGGCGAGUGAGCCGGCAGAUGUCUUCUUCAAGCGGCUGGACAGCAUCUCACACUUUUAUGACAAACGCAUCCAGACCUUCGGCCAGCUGAUGCCAAAAUACAUCAGCAUUGAAAAUGCUUUCUACAUGUCUCCAGAAGUCUCCAAAAACUGCAAGUGGUUUCAGAGUGACCAACCACUAAAAAACCCCUUCACAUCCUCACAGCAGCAGGAGAAACAUCAGAAGCUUCACCAAAAUCACCAGGCGGUUCAUCAAAGAAAGCAGAAUGAUGCAGAUGAGCUACACAUCUUCAAUGUCACCUCCAGCAGCCUGAAAUUGCGUUGGCGCAGCCCAGACCCCAAGCACUUUGUCUACUUUGAGGUUGUGGUGACACGGCUGCGCGACCACGCAGUGGUGCUGAAGACUAACGUGUCGGGCACGCAGCUCUCGGUGGACAACUUGGAGAGUUCUCAAACAUAUCACGCAGUGGUCACCGCCUACACUGCAGAGGGUCAAAUUGUCUCCACCCGCAAAGGCAUCAGGGCAACCAAAGCAGCAGAGUCUAAAACAGAGCAUAACCACGGCAGCCAAGUCACCGCACCACUGGACAGACCAGAAACUGUAAGCGAAUUUGCAGACCCAUGCUCACUUGACUAUGACUCCGGAAUGCCGUGCAAAGACUAUCAGGCUAAGUGGUUCUUUGACAGAAAGAACGGGAUCUGUGCUCAGUUCUGGUAUGGAGGUUGUGGAGGCAAUGACAAUAGAUUCGACACUGAGACCCUCUGCUUGAAAAACUGCAUGAGGUCAGUGCCGGAGCCUCAGCCAGAAGUGCAGCAGACUGAACAGGUGGAGAUCCUCCCGGCUCCUGCGGCCUCCACAGCUGUAGACAUUUGCCAGCUUCCCAAAGAGGAAGGCACUUGUGCCAAAUUUGUCCUCAAGUGGUUCUACGAUGCCCCCAGCCAGAGCUGCUCGCGCUUCUGGUAUGGAGGCUGUGGUGGAAACCGGAAUCGCUUUGACACGCACGAGCAGUGCUUGAAGGCUUGUGUGAAACCAGCACCCAUCAAACAAAGAGUCGUCGCUGCUAUAAGAACAUAGGACACAAGCGCACACGGCCGGCCAUCCCUUCUGUUAAGGGGAUUCUGAGGAGAAACAUCCAAAAUGGCCGUAUUGUCAGGAUGCAAUACCAAAGCAAUGGUGGCUGCACUGGAUUCCACAAAAAUGAACUUUAUCCCCAAAAAUUCUUGAAUUAGUCUUUCUCACAACAAGAAGCAAGGCAACACAAUUUGCUGCAUGAUUUGUUUUAACCUACUGGUGCUACAUAGUAUGUUUUUUUUUGUUUGUUUGUUUUUUGACAGAUGAGUUGUGCAUUCAGUCAAGUUUUCUGGAUCAGUGACAUCAUAUGGGUUUUCAUAUUUUUUAAAAAUUCAGUUUUAUAAUUAAACACGAAACAUAUAUGAAUAUCUUGAACAGAGAUUAGCAGUGAAUCAGUACAUGCAGGACUGGCAUUAUUCAAUGCAGUAAUCUUUUUUAUAUAUAUAUGUUAUGUUUUUUACAUUCCACAUUCACAUUGGCUUCUAUUGAUUGAUAUUGUUUUCAAACUCACUUGAUCCCUGUGGAAUCAUUCCUUCACUAUUUUACAAUCACACAAUGCACAGCAAUGUUUACACAAGUCUUGUAUGGCGGCGUGUGUAUUUAAGUGACAGCGACCAACUGCUUGGAUGCUUAAACAAUGAUGUAAUGCUAAGUGCACUUCUGGAUCCGCUGCCUCAAACACACACGUUCCAGCUAUUGAGAGAAAAGGAAUGUACUUUUCAAGCUGUUUUCAUUUUUGUUUCAUUUGGUUUUAAUGAAAUUUGUGUUUCAUCAGGGGCAUAGUGGGAAAUAAAAAUGAAUUAGACUUUCUAAUAAACAUGAGCAACUGA